AGGAUUUUCCAUCCGUUGUCCCCCCUAGGCUUCACGGGACCGGCCGGGUUCAAUCUGCUCUCGCCGGCCGGCCGCCCGGCGUGUUCCGUCGAUGGGAUACUGGUUCUUCGGCGGCCAUGGCGGCUUCUACAUACCCUCCUUUGACGGGAGCCUGCCUCGAGCCGCUGGCCCUCACCGGCCGUUGCUGUACAGUACUCCAUACGAGGAGCAGAUCCGUCGGAUGGAAGAAGGCGUCCGUCUCCGUCAACGGCCAGCGCCCAACCCCACAGCCUGGAAAUACUUCAAGAUCUUCGCUAGGUGUUUCACGGUCGCGAUGAGCAUCGCAAUGAUGGCUUGGAUAUUCGUGAGGCGAUAUUUCAGUUCGGAUCUUGAUGUGCAGGACCACUAUAUCAUGAUGGGACUUAUCGUUUUUGCUCUCGUACCAGUUGGACUCGGUUUCAUGAUAACACAAGAAGAUGCAGAGACCUAGAACAAACGUUCGUACGUACGUGAACAAGGGGAGGGGCUGUCUAAGCCCGUGCGUUUCUCCGGCUGAGAGGGGAUCGAGAGAAGGAGAAAGGAGAUAGGCUAACUAUAUAGUUACUCCAAGUUUGCAUCUCGAAUUCUACUCUCCAUUACUGGCCGAAUCAGCAUAUAUAGUUCGGUGAUUCACUGCAGUAAUAGUGGUUGAAUUGUAAAGUCUAAAGCUUAUAACAGUUCAAAGGCUGUUUAACUGACCCUUUCUCACUCAAGUGCCCACGCACAUGGA